AUGUGCCUGCGACUCCGUUACGGCGCUUGCGCUGCGGCCGUGGCAGUGCUCGUAUGUUGGGGCUUCCUCUCGCUGCUGGAGUGGGGGCAGCCGCUCAGCACGCUGGCGUGCUGGCGCGUGGCAGAGAAGCAAGUGGAAGCAGGGCUUGCGGUGUCUUCUCACGGCAAGUUUAUUACUGUGGAUGUCGAGCAACAGUUACAGACGGCGUGGAUUGCUCUGCUUGGUGCCAUAGGCGCCUUUUAUUUGAGUCCGUCGAUUCGCCUGGAAAGCAGUUGGGCGCUCGCGGCCUUUACCCAGGGCGCGCGCGAUCCAGAAGGCAAGUUCUGCCGCCAGCUGUUGGACUACCGAUGGCUGCACCCUUCUCAGGGCGGCGACUCCUUUCCACGGGUGCGCGCUGACCAUGGCGACGUUGGCGCGUGGGUGGAGAGCUGUCGGAGGGAGUUUCCCCGGCUGGGUGCGGAGGAGCGGCAGCUCCUGCAGCCGUGGCGGAGCGCGGGCGCCAUCCCCGCAGAAGUGCUCACGCGACCUCCGCACGACUACUGGGCCAUCGUGCUCGGGGCGCGCGCGGAGGCACUCCCCGCCUACGCCGCAGCCAGGCUCCCCCGCGAGGAGCUGCUGGCGCACCUGAACGCCAGCGUCCGGUCCUCCCCCAUGCCGAGCCUGCCGGCCGGAGCCGCGCCGAAGAUGCUGGAGUACUUCGAGGCCCUGGACCUCCGGCAGACGGGGCGCGUGGCCUCCACCUGGGGGGCGGUGCGCGCGGCGGUGCUGGCGGGGGAGAUCGCGCGCUUCGACGCCGGGCCGCUCUUCCCCGCCGAGCUCUUCCACGUCUCGGUGCGGCAGCUCGCGGCGCGGGAGGGCGCCGCGGCGCGCCGCGCCGUCGUCCGGUCGGACGGAUGCCGGCCGGUGAGCUUCGCCGCCUUCGCGGAGCGCAACGCGCAGCUCGUCCGGCGCGGCGCGCGCACGGCGAUCAGCGCGGCGCGCGGCGCCGCGGUGUUCGGAGAGGGCUCGGUGAAUGCGCUCAUGAGCAACCAUUCCAGGGAGGAUCGGCAGUACUGCAGCGUGGGGUACAUCAACAGCAGGCGCCUGGGCAAGCUGCACGCUGGGCUGCCGGACCUGGUCCGGGGCCUGGGCCUGGAGCGCGAGGUGCUGCGGCAGCAGAGCUUCCUGUGGAUGGGGCCGGUGCGCGGGGGCUUCCACUACGACGAGGAGCCGAACGUCUACGUCCAGGUCUCUGGCGAGAGCGAUCUCUUGCUCAUCCACCCGGACUACGUGAAGGCGUACUCGGCUGGGCUCCGGAUCCGGCAGCCGCCAAGCCUGGCUGAGCUCGCAAAGGAUCCAUUCUUGAGAAGAAUCCCCAUGCAUCUCUUCCACAUGAAGCCCGGGGAGGCCGUGACCUUCCCCGGCGGCACGUAUCACAUGAUCCUGGCUCAAACUUUCGACCGUUUGGCUGUGAACUUUUUUUUCAUGCCGACUUGGCGGAAGCUGGAGGUUCUCGACAGCGACUGGUAUUCUUCGGAGCGGAGGGAACCCGGCGGCAACGAACGGCUAGCGCUGCGGCAGUUGUGGGCCAGGACGCUAGUGCGACUGUACGAGGAAACAGGCAAGGGCGUCAUCUUCAUGGGGGAGAAGCUCGAGUACCUUUGA